UCUCUGCAAGCGUGCUCUGCAGAGUCAGCUGCGUGUCCGUGUGUGGAAGCCUCUGGGACAUACUGCUUUAACAUGAGAAAGGAGAGCAGGUUGAUUCGGUGGAUCUGGUGGAUUGUGGUUGUGGCAGCUUUGUUUUUUCUGGGCUUCGUCAUAGGCUGGUUUGCAAAGCCCUCACAUGCAAACAAUGUGAACAGCAGUGCUUCCAGCAAGUAUUUGAAGGAGUUUCUGGAUGAAAUGCAGCCAGACCAGAUCAGAGCGCAUCUCAGGAAAUUUACACGACUCCCCCACCUGGCUGGGACAGAGCAGAACCUGAGAUAUGCAGAACAGAUCAAGAAAGAGUGGCUGGAGUUUGGACUGGACUCAGUGGAGAUGGUGCCCUAUGACGUCCUGUUGUCCUACCCCAACAAAUCACAACCAAAUUACAUCUCAAUAGUUGAUCGGUUUGGCAAUGAGGUUUUUAAUACUUCCUUAGCUGAGCCAGUUCCAGAGGGUUAUGAAGAUGUUUCUAACAUUGUGCCUCCAUACAGUGCCUUCUCUGCAAAAGGACAACCUGAGGGGGAUUUGGUGUAUGUGAAUUAUGGUCGUACGGAAGACUUUUUUCAGCUUGAGAGAGAGAUGGGCAUCAACGUAACAGGGAUGAUUGUCAUUGUCAGAUAUGGGAAAAUAUUCAGAGGUAAUAAGGUGAAGAAUGCCAUGUUAGUCGGUGCAAAGGGGAUCAUUAUGUUCUCAGACCCAGCAGAUUACUGGGCUGCCGGAGUCCAGCCCUACCCUGAUGGCUGGAAUCUACCUGGUGGAGGAGCUCAAAGAGGAAAUGUUCUCAACCUGAAUGGAGCAGGAGACCCACUCACACCAGGGUACCCUGCUAAAGAAUAUACCUACAGAUUCAGCCUUGACGCUGGAGUGGGACUCCCCAAGAUUCCUGUGCAUCCAAUUGGCUUCCAAGAUGCAGUUCACCUGCUGAGGAAAAUGGGAGGACAGAUUCCACCCAACAACUGGAAAGGAGCUCUGGAUGUCUCCUACAGGAUUGGUCCAGGCUUUACGGAUGACUUCAAGAGCCAGAAAGUGCGGAUGAACAUCUACACUGACAACCAGGUAACCAGGAUCUACAACGUCAUUGGCAGAAUUAGAGGAGCUCUGGAGCCAGACAGGUAUGUGAUUCUGGGAGGACAUCGGGAUGCCUGGGUGUUUGGAGGAAUUGAUCCCAUGUCUGGUGUUGCAGUCGUCCACGAAACAGUCAGGAGCGCUGGCAGGCUGCUCAGUAAAGGUUGGAGGCCUAGGAGAACUAUAAUAUUUGCCAGCUGGGAUGCAGAGGAGUUUGGACUGCUGGGAUCUACAGAAUGGGCAGAGGAUAAUGCUAAGCUGCUGCAGGAGAGAGCUGUGGCCUACAUCAAUGCAGACUCUGCCAUUGAGGGCAUGUACACAUUGAGGGUUGACUGCACUCCGUCUUUACACACUUUGGUUUACGAUCUCACUAAGCAGAUAGCCAGUCCAGAAGAGGAAGAGGUAGGAGUUUCUCUGUACGAGAGUUGGCAUAAGAGGGAUAACUGGACGAAUGACCGUGAUGCACCCAGGAUAAGUAAACUCGGGUCAGGCAGUGAUUUUGAAGCCUAUUUUAUCCGUCUGGGAAUUGCUGCAGGCAGAGCCAGAUACACCAAGAACAAGAAAACAGAGCGGUACAGCAGUUAUCCAGUCUAUCACAGUGUGUAUGAAACCUUUGAGAUAGUGCAGAAGUUUUACGACCCCUCCUUCAAGAGACUUCGGGCGGUGGCCCAGGUGAGAGGCGGACUCAUCUUCCAAUUGGCCGAUUCCCAGGUCCUUCCUCUUGAUGUCAAUGAAUAUGCAGACUCACUGAGGAAGUACGCACAGAGCAUCGCACAGUUGGCACAGAAGCACCCAGAGGAGAUGAAGAUGUUUGAUGUGUCGUUUGAUUCCUUGUUUUCUGCUGUAGAGAACAUGACCUUUGCAUCCAGGGACUUCCAUGAGCGCCUGCAGGCUCUCAACAGAGCAGAUCCUCUGCAGGUACGUGUCAUGAAUGAUCAGCUCAUGUAUCUGGAGAGAGCCUUCAUAGACCCCCUGGGCUUACCUGGCAGACCCUUCUACAGGCAUGUGAUUUUUGCUCCCAGCAGCCAUAACAAAUAUGCUGGGGAGUCUUUCCCUGGGAUCUAUGAUGCAUUGUUUGACAUCGAGAACUCAGCUGACCCAGAGAAGUCCUGGGAGGAAGUCAAGCGUCAAAUCAGCAUUGCAGCAUUCACCGUUCACGCUGCUGCCAUGACUCUAACACCACCAGCAUGAAGCACACGCAGUCUAAAGUCAUGUGACUGAGCUAUCUGUUCACACUUAUGUUAUAACACCAGAAUGUGAAGAGAGAGAAUACACUUCCUGUAACACAUGCAGAGAUGGACAAUCACUGUUAUCUGAACCUGUCAUGUUCCAGGAACGUCCAGAGCUCAGUAAUACAGUGAAUCUCUGGGCGCCAUCACCAUAUAUAAAAAUUACAAAACUGUCUUUUUACUCUUAAAUUCUAAUUUGUUAUGUGGCUUCAGUAAAGUAAUAUAUGUUUUUUUUGCUGUUUUGUAAUAAUUCAAUCAGAAAUGAAUCCAUUCUUUACAUGUGGGCUGAAAACAGCUGAUAUGUUGUGCAUGUAAUAUGUAAAAAUGUGACAUGUGACUGAAAUGUUUUAUUUUCAUCCAUGCUGUGAUUUUUUUUCUUUAAUUUCCUUGAAGACACAGUACUUUUGCACACACCCAAAAACAUAUAAUGUUAAGCCUGAAUGAACAGGUUAGUGGUAAAAGUUAUAAUCUUUAAAAUGUUCAUGUUGUGAACUGAACAGUUUGAAGCUGCCUUUGUGCAACAAAGACUUGCCUUAACAAGAAUGUUUUUGUAAUUUAUUUUGUGACCUCCAAGGACUCUUUAACAGGCUGAAUAAAAAAAGAGUAACUGAAUGCAAGCUAAAAUACACAGUGCACAUCGUCCAGUCCAGAAACAUUUAUUUCACUAUUGAACAACGUUAACCAAUUUAAGAGAUGCAAAAAACACACUGAAAAGUGUGCCCUGGUCCUUAUGUCUACACUGGAUAGAUGAACCAGCCAAUAAGACCGAAUGAUAUGCCUCACCACCAUUGCAUUAAAGCUACAAUAUGUUGCCAAUAUUACUGACUGUGACAGAGUCAUGAUGACUCGAGUCAUCAGUUGACAGCAAGAGGUCUCACCAUGCGCAAUGAGACAGGAGGCAAUCUGCUCAGAAAAAGACGAGCCGAGGAGGGACACUAGUGAGGUUCUAGAUGGCUCUGUAUGUUUGGCCUCUUCCUGUUGUUGACCCUGUAAGAGGGAGAGCAGGUCGAGGGGGCCCAAUGUGAUCGCCUCUGCCUUCUUAAGAGAUACCUCUAUCUUUGCCGCAAUCAGUUUCACUAAUAUUCUGUUCACCUUCACAGCCUGACAGAAUGAAUAAAAAUGCAUGCUCUUUGUCUUUUAUGGUUCUC